AGAAUUAUAGGAAGUGAAUUCCGGAGAAAAGAUGAGAGUCUUCCGUAAUAUGUACAACUUGAAGAGAGACUUCGAGAGACCUAGAGGGAAGGAGUAAGAAAAGCAUGUUGGCGGAAUAGCAAAACUCCUAAUAGUCACUUCUAUUCCGAUAUAUAUCACGCUUGACUCUGUCUUCGAGGCUCUAAAGCGUGAAGAAGAUGUCGACGGUUGACGAGUCUCCUGGUCUUAGGGGUAGCAAGAAGCUCAAAAAGCGUAACAAAAAGAGGAGGACUUCGUCAGGCCAUUUUUAUGAAAUAGAAUGGCAAGAACUGCAUUAAUUUAUACAUAGCACUUUUGGAACUUUCGCAUCAGUCUGAAUCUUAUAAUACUUAUGUAACUAACCUCAUCCCAUAGCAGGACUUAUUCCCCUUUGUUCCCUUUCCAAGGUGUGCUGCAAAUCUUGAUUGGCUUUCACCCUUUGGUGAAGGUUUAGGCCCUGCGGCGCUCAAAGCACUAAGUAAAACAACCGGUUAGUUUUCACCUUGAUCACAAUCGUAGACUUAUCCCGUGCAACAAUACAUAUUACUCAUCAUGCACUUGAAGACAAAUAUCCGGUUGGUUUUCCUUCGGAUUUUCCCUACUGCCACUGCGUUAUAGGAUCUGAUCUCCAGGUCGUUAGUCCCUAUCCACAGGCAAAAGCGUAGUCUAUGCAUGCUUAUAUGAGAUUUGAAAAUUACUAUAUCCGUUUUCCUAGUUGUUCUUCCCUACAUCGACACAUCGACCUCCUUUUCCCGGUUUCAUGAUUGCGCUGGAUCUCCUGUCUUGGGUUGCACUGCGCUCCCACGUAGCACUACGGCGGAACAAGACGCUACCCCGAUCGGAUUUAAGGCUAUACGUUCCUAACAAUGUUGAAUCUGAGUGUCGUGUGGGAGAGAAACCUAGAGACCGACGUUUAGUACAGAAGAAGCUCAAGAAACGAAUAAUACUAGAUGACUAAGUGAGAGAGAGAGAUUUCUUCCACAAACCUUAUAUCACACUCCUGGAGUGGGUGCAUUCAUUCAUUCAUUCAUUCAUUCAGCUGCAAGUUGCUAGCUCUGAAUGGUCUACUGUCUAAUAUUCCAACCGGAAAGGGCUCCCAAGUCGUGUCACCUGCGUCUGAUGAUGCUUACGAUGCGCAUGAUGGUGCAGAAAAAGCUAGGAAAAACAUCAGGCAACCACUUCUGCCAGAUGCUACUUUACAACAACCACAAGGUACUAGUCCUACAACUUUUUUUCAGCCUCAAGAAAAUGCCGUCUCCAGUCUUUUCGCUGGUAGAAGUGGUAGUGAUAUUGCAGACGAACAAACUGGUCUUACGGCAAAGGAAAAUGGAAAAGCAAAGGAGUUCGUUGUUCCAAAUGCGGCUGAUGUAAGCCAGAAGAGGAGCUCCUGGUGGUCGUGGGAUAAGCUACUAAGACGAACAUGUGCAACUUCGAUGGCUUGCCUCUUAGCUGGUAGCAUAGUAGCAGGUCAAGUCGCUUUCUUUAAGGCCUCCCCUAAUUCAUCUUGGGAAGCAUCCGCUCGCAAGAGGCUUUUUUCAAGGCAAAAAGGGCACCGUCGAGGAUGUACUACCUCUCAAGAUGGAGGAUUAAGAUGGAGGACUGUCUGAUUUGUACAGAGUGUUAUUCGACCGGUUGCGAGAAGCGCAUGGAGGAGGUGCAGUUGUACCUGCUUUGGACUUGGCUGGCGAUUUACCCUUCGACCUUGACCAUGGCUCUUACAUUAAGGGUAGGCUUUAGGUAGUUCGCUUACCCCCUUCCCCCAGAGCUGGUAGCCCCUAUGCCUCAAGAAUAGGCACAUCUAUCAAUCAAUCGAUCAAUCAAUGAAUCAAUGGCUGUCCUAAGAGGCGAGAAGAGCAUAGCAUCGAACGGGGAACAGAGGGGCCAAGACGAACCUCCCUCUAAUUACAGCAACGCAGUCGAUCCAUCCACAGCUCCAGCAAGGGGACCUUCGUCUUCUUCUACUUCUGAUUCAACAUCAAGAGCAAGCGGACCUUGUUUUUUCGAGAAAUGCUUUGGGCUUUUUGAGAGCGAUGAACAGGAAGAUAAUCGAAAGCUCACAUCGGAGAUCCACAAAAUGAAAGCCGAACUCGAUGAACUGAAAGCCGAAAAAAACUUAUGUUGGUCGACCUUUUUUUUAUCUUCAUCUUCUACUCCAUAAUAUUCACCUUUCUAUUCAUUCCUCUUGGCGUUUAUAGUUUCUUUGGUAGUAACCUUUCGACAUUUAGUUGUAGUUAGAGUGUUAGUUUAAAUUUCCUCUAGGGCCUUCAUGAUCAACAAGCUAUUCAUCUCGGCAUUUGGUGUCUUCGGUAAAAAUGUUUACCCUUUGUUUUUCAAAAGAAUACAGGUGUCGGUUGUAACAAGGGUUGUAGUACCAAGGUGGGUCGCGGACCGAGAUGAAUACAGACACGGUCUAAACAACGCGAAGCUGAAAGAACUCAAGAGCGCAGCCAAAGCCCAGGGUGCCAAAGCGAAGGCCGCUUCAAAGGCAGAACAGUUAUAUUGUUACUAUACUCAUACUUACGUGAAAUUGAAACCUCAAGGUUUGUCGAGUGCUGCCAGUAUCAUAGAAACACUGUCAGGCCACGUCUCUACAGUCAUCAUGAACGAUGGCAACAGGGACAACAGCAUGCAUUGAAACUCCUGGGCGUGUGUCUGUACAUGUAAGAACUAGUAGGUUCGUUUUUAUGCCAAAAUGAAUCCUCUCCACCUGUACGUCUAAGUAGAUUUAGAUUCGAUGUAUUUAAGGUAACUUCUAAGCUCAAAGGUGGCGGAUGAAAUUGAGACACUGAAAAAACUCGACGCGGCUAAAAAAGCAGAAGCAAAGAAAUUACAGCAGGAACUGGAGUUAAGGCUCUUUCGUGCUUCUAAAGACUGCUCGUUAGUUGUGUGCUGCUCGUUAGUUGUGUGCUGCUCGUUAGUUGUUUGCUGCUCGUUAGUUGUGUGCUGCUGAACUGGAGUUACGUUAGUUGGCAUUUCGCGUGUAUACGUCUAAAUACAAAAGUCAAUGAAGAAUUGGCCACGGCGGAGAGGGAAGCAAAGGCGGCCGAAGAAGGAAACCGGUGAAGGACAGCUAUGAAGUAGAAGAAUACUGACGAGGGAGCAUCUUCUACUUCUAGUGCUAGCACGACUCCCAGUGUAAGUAGUGGCGUCCUUGGAGGCAAUACUUUUAAGGUCAGCUUUUGUCCAUCUUUCUCCGCAUCUCCUUACCCCUUUCCCUUGUAUUCUCAUGGAAUACAAGGUAAAAGGGGUCAAGAUGAGGGGGCGGAGAUGUAAUCUAGCAGACUCUAAAAUACCAUCGCGGCUCACGUGAGUGAUUGAACCGCUCCUGAACUCCUGGAUGCUAGAAGAUACAUUUUCUCGCUCACUCACUCGCUCUAUCUGCCUGCUACAUGUACAUUGUGCCUCACGGCUUUAGGUGGCUAAGGCACGGAUGUUGACGUAUGUUGGGACCUGCUUCUCUAGUAUUUGAAGCCCUUAAUGUUGUUUUUAUGAGUCCUUCAUGUUUUCAUGAGUACUAAAAACAAUGGCUCCUCAAGAUGACCACGUGCGCUCGCUGAU